CCGGUCGGCAGCAGCCUUGAGGCUUUAUGGAGGCGAGGCCGCGCAGCGCGUGUCCGGAGACCAGCCACCAGCCGCGGGAAGGCGGGGGGCGGCCGCGGAGGGGCGCUCCACUGCCUGGCGUAUAUAAGGCCCGCGCGCCGCCUCACGCCACGACGCCACCACCGACCGACGCACGACGUUUGACGCGGGACGCACGCAACGCUGCAGACAUGAGGACCAUGGUGACGGUGUUGCUGCUGGCGGCGGCGCUGUGUGGGGUGAUGGCCGCCCCCGCCCCCGCGCCGUCGCCCUCGCUGCCGCUGGUCUACGGCUACUCGACGCCGCUGCAGUACGCGGCCGCCCUCGGCUACACCGGGCCCCUCAUCAAGCCAGCCACCACCAUCUACACCGGAUACUCCGCCUACCCCUACACUUACGGUUAUGGCUAUGGAUAUCCGAGCUACUACUACCUCUGAUAACAGGGGCUCAUCUACUAACCUACCAGAAAAGGAUGAACACACUAUCAACAAAGCACCUGGAAAUGUUUAAAACUUAUUUAUACAUUAUGUUAUAAACAAAUUAUGCUUAAUAAAGGUUUUAAUGACUUUUCGCA